AUGGAUGGAUGGACCAUGGUCACAUACGAAGAAGGGCUAAACAGCGGAAGUUGGGAGGAAAAGAGAGGAGAGAGAAUGGCAUCUCGUGAUCAAAGCUACAAGGCUGGUGAAACCAAAAGCCAAGCUCAGGAGAAGAGGGAUGAGAUGAUGGAGAAAGCGAGAGAAGCCACCCAUGCAAUGAAAGUGAAGGCAUCAGAGUCUACCCAAUCAGGCCGAGACACUGCCCAAGUGGGCCACGAGAAGACGGGCAGUUUCCUUCAACAGGGUAAGCAGCAAAUGAAGAACAUGGCACAAGGAGUAACAAAUGCUGUGAAGAAUACUUUUGGAAUGGCUGACGUUGGCGACGAUAAUAACACUAUCAAAGAGAAAUAAAUGUUGUAUAUUUUAUUUUCGUUGCUCCCUCGGGACUUUUUUCCAUUAACAAGCACCACCAAAACAGGUCCUGAAUUAGAAUAAAAUCUCUAUUUUACCCUUAUUUAGUGAGCUUUGUUGUGGCUGUUUUUGUCUCCUAAA